AAGAUGUCCCUGGCCCGGCUCCAGCUGCUGGAACAGUUGCAGGGAGAGGCAAGGGCUGAGUUCCAGGGCCUGAAGUGCUCUGUCCAGGAGCUGGAUGACGUGCUCUUCAAAGACGUGGGCGGAAAAAUCCAUUCUGAUGGGCGGUGGCCACUAGUAAUCGAUCCCUCUGGCCAAGCGGCCAUCUUCUUGCGCUACCGUGAUACCAAUUACCUGAACACUGUGAAUCCCAGUGACAUGAGCGUGGAAACCAUCCGUCUGGCACUGCUGGGGGCCAUUCGGUAUGGAAAGCCCCUAGUCUUUGACAUGAUGGAAGUGAACAUGUUUGACACUGUGAAAAAGCAGCUGGAACGGCUGGAGCCGGGACUGGCGGAGGCCCUGCUGGGUAGGACGAUCCUUGCCAAUGAGAGGUAUCUGUCCCUGCUGAGACCAACAGACGGGCCAGAAUACGCAGACACCGAAUUCCAGGCCGCUCGAACAGAGAAGUUCAAACUUUUUGUGAUCACUAAACAGCACCACCCCCCCGAGGACCUCCUGCAGACUCUUCUCCCCAUCCAAGUUGUUCUGCGCAGGAGCAGUCGAAAGCGAGGCUGCAGGAGAGGCCCCGUCUCACAACGGCUUCCUUCUGCCUUCUGAAUGCCCUGCGUGACCUUCACAGGGAAGGGAGGGAGGCCGGCCUGCUGUGCCUCAGCCCCCGGAAGCUCUCCUCAUUCUCUCGGAGACCAAGCGGGCCCUGGGGCCCCAGCAGCAGCAGAGCUGGCCCUUAAAUAAACUGGU